UCGCCCGCCCGCCCGACCGACCGCUGUCUCGCUCGCCUCGUCUCGUCUCGUCUCGCUUCGUCUCCGUUUCCUCCGCACACCACCACAGCCGCGUCAAGCCGUCAACCAACCAAACCCUAGAAGGCUCUCGCCCCCGUCCCCAAUCCUUCGCCGCUCCCCGAUCCUCGCCGCCCGCAGGCCAAAACCCCACGCCUCUCCCUCGACGCCGGGUUGCAUGUCAAAUUGAAGCGGAGCCAAAGUUUGUCUGAUUUAGUUCUUUUUGGCAUGGGAGACCUGCGGUAGCUGUCAUGCAGUGAGCAACGUGUCAUUCAUUUGUUAUCAGGAUGCCAGGUAUAUCCAGUGUAAUCACUUUGUCAGAAAUGCCUUCUGCAUCCAAGUCCAAGUCAAAAGAUAGAUCAGCUGCAAAAGUUGCAAAAGAGCAACCCAAGGUUUCUGCAAAGCCACUGGGAAAUGGUACGCUUGCAAGUUCUUAUAACAACCUCUCUGGAAAGUUCCAUGUUCUGGAACCAUCAGCUUCUUUGUUGGGUAGCCAAGGCAUCAAUAAAUUCAGGAAUACCGAUGAGAUAGAUGAACAUUCUCGCAGCUCCCAUGGUACAGGGGAUUUCGAUUGUGCCUCCAACAACGGUAGCUGCUCUGACGAGUCAGAAGAUCCAAAGGAAAAACCAACUAGUAGUGUGUCUCGAGUAGAGUCUGUUCCUGGAUGUGAUAUUGAUAAACGAGAGAAAAUCAGACAGAAAAAUGAGAAGAAGCAUCAAAGACAGAAGGAGAGGCGUGCCCAAGAAUUGCACGAGCGUUGUAAGGGUUAUCUUAUGUCUAGAAAAUUGGAGGCACUUGCGCAGAAGCUUGUUGCGAUGGGUUUCUCAGCAGAUCAAGCAACGAUGGCCCUUAUACAGAAUGAGGGUUGCGUUGAGGAGUCUGUUACCUGGCUCUGCAACUUUGAUGGCAGUGAGGAAGCUAAGCAACAACUUGCAGCUGAUCAACAGUCCGGUGUUAACUUGAAGAUUGAUAUAGCUGAUGAGCUUUCAAAGAUUGUGAGCUUGGAGGUAAAAUAUAAGUGUACAAAGCAAGAAGUUGAAAGAGCAGUUGUUUCCUGUGAAGGUGAUCUAGAAAGGGCUGAUGAGGCCUUGAAGACACACAAGCAAGAAUCAACUGCAGUCCCACCAAAGCCUGAGGGAUCUAGUGACUCAAGUGCCUUGCCUAACAAGCAGCAAGUUGUACUUGCACAGAACCCUGCAAGGGCUCAAACAAAUGGAUUUUCAUCAGUAGGAUCUCAGCAGACGAGAAGAGAGGAGGAGAUAAGCUAUAAGCUUUUGAUGAAUGGUAGUGGUCCAAAGGAUCCUGCAAUUAAAGGGUUUCAGCCAAUGGCAGCACCAACUAAGCCAGAUUUGGGCCGUCAGCAAUUUGUUCAACCUGAGAAGAGACGUCUCAAUCCCAACUCGAUUCCAUCAAUUCCUUAUGUGGCAUCAUCUCCUUUGCCUGUUGCAGUGCCACAACUGAAGUCAGACAUGCGGCAUGUGGCAGGAACUAAUGAGGUUAAAAGUUCGAUGCCCAAUGGAAGCUUGCGAGAGUCGGUAAUUGUAAUGCAGCGUCCUCAAUCUGCAGGUACCAAGCAAAGCCUACCAUCCACUAGCCAUAGCAUGUUUGCGUCAGAACCAUCUGCAAGGGAUUGGUACUUAAAUGGCGCAUCAGGUGUCAAUAUGAUGUUGAAUGGGGGCUUAGGUCAUGGACUAAGGAAUAUGAGCUUGGACAGUGUUAGUUCUGGCAGGUCGUUUGGGCAUGCAAACCAUCAACAAAGUUUUGUUUCUAAUCCUAUAGAGUUGGCUGCCAAUGGUUGGGGUGGCACAUGGAGUUCUGGAGGUACAUCAUCUUCCCGUCCUGUGGUGUCAUCAUUUGGGGCGUUUAGAGGGUGGAGUUCAUCCGAGUCGUCCCCUGCAUUGCCUCAUUCUGAUUGGAGAGCCAAUGGGGCAGCACCUUAUGACUACACCUCAGUAGACUGGAGCCUGGACACAACGUUAUUGAACCCAGCAGCAAAGAGCGAGCGGCUGUCGGACACAUGGUCAACCAUGUUCAUGGGUGGCAGAUCAACAAGGACACCUGGGAACCUCAGUGGCGCAGGCAUAGCUGGGUUGCAUGACAGUAACCAUCCAAUGGAUCCUGCUCCAUCACCUCGUCCAUAUGAGUGGCCUACUUUCUGCAGGGGAGGAUCUUCCUAGUUCCCCCUACCAUGUAGGUAAGAGGACAUUGAAUAAAAAAAGUAAAAGCUGCCAUUUGUUUCUUUUCUUGUUUUGGUCUCAGGUGCAGUUGGUUGAAAAAGUUUUACUUUGUGUAUCGAACUGAGCUUGUGUACCUUGACUGUUGGCUGAGAUAAGUCAUCUUUCUGUGAAAUCGUUGUGCAUGAAAAAUGAAGGGAGAAAAUUGAAUUUAUCUUGGCUGAAA